UUGUUUUUUUACGCGCAAACUCGAGCAAGACGACCAAGAGACUGCGCCUUGGGCCGGAUGGCAUCUACGCAGACUCAUAGAUUGAACGACGCCGUCCAACUGGGUGCGGUCCCGGUCAACCACCAGACUCUGACAGAAAGUCAAGAAGAGCUCGCCAUUGGCCAUCAAGAACAUGCAACACACCAUGUUCGCGCCCAUGGAGACGAAGCCAUCGCACAAAUUGCAGACGAUUACGCGAGUCGCGGCGACGGCGUCGGAUUGACGGAGGCCGAAACUCCGACCCGUUCGCUCUCGAUAACCUCCCGAGAUCGAUACGCGAUGAUGUCAACGUCUCAGAGCGCCAUCGAAGACCUCGACGACAUGAGCGAUUCGUCGUCGGACGAGGAAGGGCUAGACGACGCGCAGCUUCUCGCCAGCGUCGGCGACGACGAGUUGACGUCGCAGCUGGCCGCUGCGGGGCCCAUUGGCGUUGCGGCGGCCGCAGCUGUUGCGACGGGAAGGAAGCGCAAACGACCGAGUGGCUUUCUAUUCGAGACAAACCCGUCGGUGCGUAAGCGUCAGUCGACGCGACUGUUGAGGAAGCUGAAAAGCACGAUUGACGAGUAUUACGCGCGUAUAGGGCAGCACGCUGCCGUCGUUCUCUGCCAGCCGUCCAAGUCUGCGCCUUCUCAACAGCUCAAGGUGGUAGGCUCGCCGGCAAUGGAGGAGUCGCUGAACAAACACCGAGACGUCAUAAUGAGUCAGCUCUCUGCCGCUCUACAACAACAGACUCCCACUCCUCAACGUCACGACGAGUCGUUGCAUAGUCUGCCAGCUCUCGUUUGCGACGGCAUCCCAACACCGCUGGACAAGAUGACACAAGCUCAGUUGCGUGCCUUCAUACCCGAGAUGCUGAAGUAUGCUACAGGUCGGCCGAAACCCGGAUGGGGCAAGGAAGAUUUGAAGCCGCCUUGGUGGCCAGAGGGUUUACCUUGGCAGAAUGUCAGAAGUGAUGCGAGAAGUGAGGAAGAGAAGAGGAGAACCCCGUGGACGGAGGCCCUGAGGCAGAUUGUCAAGAAUUGUUACACUCAUUUUGGUCGACAGGAUCUUUUCCCUGAAAUGAAUGAUGGUACAGAUGAGCCGGCUGCGAAGAGACAAUAUGUAGGACAAACAGCUGUGAUAAUGCAAGACCAUCAUGGAUUACCAGGACUCACAGCUCAGCAGCUACAACAACUUCCACCCAACACUCAGCUUAUUCAACAAAUCAACCCGGAUGGCACCAUCUCGUACCUGGCAGUUGAUCUGUCGGAUCCAAACACGGCAGCCAUCGUGGCUCAAGCGCAUGCUCAAGCGGCACAAGUACUACAAGGAGAAGCAGCACAAGGUGUUGCAGCUCUAGCCGAGGUGGCUGCCUCGCACAUCCUGGAUGGUGCAGGAGCGGCUCCCAUUGGUGAUACUGCAUCCUACAUUGAAAACGGGCAAUCACAAUCAGCUCAUGUGGAAACCGAAGGAGCAGUUCUCGUUUCAAGUAUACCCACUACAGAAAUCGUGACCGUGACGGAGAUAAAAGAAGAUGGAGAGGCCGAAUACGAUGUUGGUCAAGAAGGAAUGGUGCACGUCUCGCAGUCGGAGGUGACACUCGAAUCCUCCUGAACUCAACCGCAUCCCUUCAUCAUUGUUGUUAGCAUUUAUACACAUAGCAGUACAAAUAUAUUGUAGACAAGACAGCCGAGACAUUUGUGAUGUUUUAAGAUCUCGAUUCUUGCUAUUUGUGUCAUAUCGAGUAGUGUACACGUGCAGUUACAUGUAUUGUUUAGUCAAUAAAUCAAGGACACGUGAAACCA